ACCAUGAACUAUUCCAAAACAUUAACAUAAUAUCCAAAUCAGUAAACCAAUCUCCAUACAACAACAUAAAAAUGCAGGGAGCUUUGUGCAUCAAACCAACCAUUCUUCCCCUUUCUUCACCACUUUUUUCUCCAAAGCUCACUAUUCUUCUUCCUCAGACCAUCACCAACACUAAAGCUUCAAGACUCUCAUCUCUCAGACCAAACGGAUCAUCUCCUACAACCUCUGAUCCUCUCACCGUUGACUAUGACUCCCUCCUUUCUGUUUUCCCAGCCGAAGCAUGUGAAGUGAUCAGCGGAUAUGCAUGUUCAGCUGACAUCUACCCUGAAGUCAAGCUUGAAACAAAGCCCAUCUCCCGUCCCGUGACUUCAGAGAACGUAGACCGAGAAUACAUAGAGUAUAACACCCCCAAAACUGUUUUCGUCUCCGAGGCCUGCGAUGAUCUUGGAGGAGAAUUCUGUGAACCUGACUAUCAAAAAGAUGUCUAUUAGAAUUUAGAAGAAGCAAGAUUUGAUGUGAUGUUGAUAUGUGUGUGUAUCUCUAUAACCACUCAUUUCUAUAUAAGCUAGCUUCACCUAAUCAAGACUGAAAUCGUGAAUCAAACCCAAGUUUCCAAAUUUAUCAACACAAUAA